AUGUCCGGGGAGCGUUAUUUUAGCCGCAGGGGGAAAAUCGCGGAGAGUCUGAGGAGGCCGUUGGCCAUUUCUGGAGAGUCCUGGAAGCGUCUUUGUGGACAAUCGGCUUCUCCGUUUAUUGAGAAGCCUUUUGAAAGCGACUUCGAGAGGUGGUGUGUGCGAGCCGGCUUUUCUGCCGCUUAUUGUGUACCUGAAACUCGUCCUGGGCUCCGAGUGGUUCUGGGUUUGGUUGUUUUUGUUUUGCGCCCCAUGAACGCCUUCAUGGUGUGGUCCCGGGGCCAGCGGCGGAAAAUGGCCCAGGAGAACCCCAAGAUGCACAACUCGGAGAUCAGCAAGCGCCUGGGGGCCGAGUGGAAACUUUUAUCCGAGGCGGAGAAGAGACCCUUCAUUGACGAAGCCAAGCGGCUCAGAGCUCUGCACAUGAAGGAGCACCCGGAUUAUAAAUACCGACCCCGGAGGAAAACCAAGACCCUCAUGAAGAAGGAUAAGUACACGUUGCCGGGGGGCUUGCUGGCGCCGGGCACCAAUACCAUGACGACCGGGGUAGGGGUUGGGGCCACCUUGGGAGCUGGGGUGAACCAGAGGAUGGACAGUUACGCGCACAUGAACGGCUGGACCAACGGAGGCUACGGGAUGAUGCAAGAGCAGCUCGGCUACCCGCAGCACCCGGGCCUGAACGCGCACAACGCGGCUCAGAUGCAGCCCAUGCACCGCUACGACGUCAGCGCCCUGCAGUACAACUCCAUGACCAGCUCGCAGACUUACAUGAACGGAUCGCCCACCUACAGCAUGUCCUACUCCCAGCAAGGGACGCCCGGCAUGGCCCUGGGCUCCAUGGGCUCGGUGGUCAAGACGGAAUCCAGCUCCAGUCCCCCUGUAGUCACCUCCUCGUCUCAUUCGAGGGCUCCUUGCCAAGCUGGGGACCUUCGGGACAUGAUCAGCAUGUAUCUACCAGGUGCUGAAGUACCAGAACCAGCUGCCCCAAGCAGACUUCAUAUGUCCCAA